AUGUCUGAUAUCGAUAACCUCACCGGAGAUGUUCUAGGUUUAGACACCAACCCGAACGCCCCAGCAGAGUCACUCGCCGCAGGCUCCAAAUCCAGAAACCCAACCGCCAAAAACAUGGGCAGGACGGUGAAAUCGCGCCUAUCACAGGCUGCAGAGAAGUCGAACCCCACCGCCGGAACUGAAGACCAGUCCGAUGACGACGAGGAUGAGGACGACCCGCAGAUUAUAGAUUGCCUGAGAACUGCGGGAAAACAAGGAGACGAAGAAGACGCAGACGUCAAAGCCAGAUCAAAGAUGCUGAAGGAAGCACUAGAGGCCCAAGUCGCCGGCAACUCAGCCAAAGCGGACCAGAUCCUGGCGAAGAUUCAGCUAAAGAUGGUUACCACGGCCGCCGCACCAGCCAAGAAUGUGGUAACGGUAGCGAAGAGAGCCCGCAUCGAAGAAGGAGGCAACGACAGAGUGAAGGAGAACGGGUUUGUGUUCUAUAAAGCCGAGGUGAACUUGUUCUUAGGGCUAGGCCUCCCCCCGUUCUUCGACAAGAAUAUGAAGGAACUAAAAGCGCAAGGCAUGCCCUACCAGCCUCAGCCAGGUUUUGGAUAUCCACCGGCCCAACAGCCCCCAAGUUUCCACCCGAUGCAGCAGCCUUUCUUCCAACCAUUUGGUGUCCCGGCCCAAGCGCAAACAGGCCCCCCUCGGUUCGGUGGCCCAGUCAGAGACCACCUUGUCAACAAGGAAGAGGACGAGGAGGGUACCGAGGGAACGGGGGAGAUCCGAGUUUAG